AUGACUGGAAGUUUAAUUAUUUGUGCAAUAAGCAGUCUGUUUGUUUACCAACUCCACGAGCACAAUUAUUUAACUUUUAACAAUGAUACUUUGAUAAUUCAUUAUAUUAAAGGAUCAUCAUCACCUCCAAUCAUACUUGUAAUUACAGGAUUAAUAACAUUUGCAUUUGUUACGUACUUUUGGUAUAUCAUUGACUACAAAUACAAUCGGCGGCAAAUAAUGACCUUUCUGCUAACAUUUACUUUGAUAUCAAUAAUUGAAAUUUCGAUUGGCAUAUGGGUGUUGAUAAUUCACGAAAAAUUAGGCGUUUUACUGGUAACAAGCUUAAAAAAAACAUUGUCAAUACCGGCGAAAUUAAAACAACAGACAUUUCUGUCAUCAUUCAAAGCAGGAAUAAACAAUAUCAAGUUAAUUUGCUGUGGAUACAAUGAAACGUCAACACCUGAAUUUGAAGAAUUGACAUCUUGGUUUUGUUGCAAUUUCCAAAGACUCAACAGUGAAUCAAGAACAGUAUGCGAAGAUGUUUAUGGAAAAGAAUGCCAACAUUUAGCUAUACACUCUAUUCGCUCGAUACUUUUACAUAUUUUCUUAUUAACUCUUUGUUCAAUAAUUAUCGAGACUCUGCUUAUUGUUAUCAUAUUCUGUUGCAUUAAACUAUUAAUGAAGAAAAAAAUACCAAGGCGAAUAGAAUUAGCCCUACAAAAACCAUCGGCCCCGCUUAAUGAUUCUGAUGUUAUGUGGUCUCGCGCUUAUUAUUCCAGCGGUAAUUAUCUACGUGAAUAUAAAAGAUGUGUCAACUGAAAUGCAAGAAAAUGUAAUAUUUCCUGUAAUAGCUAUUAUUAUUAUUGGAAGUAUUAUUUUCGUAAUAGCAUUCUUCGGAUGUUGUGGUGCUAUCAGAGAUAGUCACUGCAUGAUAGUAACUUUUGCGAUCCUGCUACUGACAAUAUUAGUGGCUCAAAUAGCCAUUGCAAUUCUCGCUUUUAUUAAAUUGAAAGGAUUUGACCGACAAUCAUUUGACCACACUUAUGAAGAAAUGUUCAACGAUUACUGGAAGGAAGACAAAAAAGAGGAUCGUAUAUUCAUUGAUCUUGUUCAAACUGCUUUGAGUUGCUGUGGUAUUGAGGGACCAGAUGAUUUCUCAGCCAGCAGACCUGGAUUCAAUGGAUCUGUUCCUAUGAGCUGUUGUCCAAUAGAUUCCAAGAACCAUCAACAAUUUUGCUCUCAGACUCAGGCUUAUCCAAAAGGAUGUUCCGAGAACGUCGCUGCUUUCUUCCAACUUGCUGGUAAACUUCUUGGUGGAAUUGCUUUAGGUAUCGCUGGAGUUGAAUUGAUCGGGAUUAUAUUCGCCCUGUGCCUUGCUAAUUCGAUACGAAACGCCGAUCGUCGAGCGUACAGAGUUUAA